GCUGCUGCCGGCGGCGGAUACACGGACACAGCCCGCUUGCAGCACUGCCUGCUCAAGGUUGAGGUGGUCGGUGCGUGGGUGAGGGAGGACUCGGCAUGGGGAAGAAGCUGGACCUGACCGCUCUGACCGAGGAUGAAGCCGAACAUGUGCUACAGGUGGUCCAGCGGGACUUUCAUCUCCGCAAGAAGGAGCAGGAGCGGCUCAGUGAGCUGAAGCAGAAGCUGAACGAGGAGGGCAACAAGAGGACCAUCCUGUCCAAGCAGCAGAAGUUCAACGAGAACUGCUGCAUCCGCUGCUGUGGGGUCUUCACCUUCCUCCUCAAUGCCAAGCACCCCUGCAGCGACUGCAAGUUCAACGUCUGCAGGGACUGCGGCACCUACAGCAAGAAGGACAAGGCGUGGGUCUGCACUGUGUGCCACCAGACCAGGUUGCUGAGGGCUCAGUCGCUGGAGUGGUACUACAAUAACGUGAAGGGUCGCUUCAAACACUUUGGCAGUGCCAAGGUGGUACAUACUCUGUACAAGCGCCGCCUCGCUGGCACAGGGAGCCCAGCCAGCACCCUAGGAGGGAGCGUUCUUGGCAGCAGCGUGGACUAUGAGGAGAGGGUUGGUGGAUGCAUGGCCUACAGACAGACUGACGGGCACACCCUGAGCGAGACUCUGGCCGUAGCACUGCGGGUGGCUGAGGAGGCGAUCGAGGAAGCCAUCACCAAGGCGGACUCCUUCAGCGACAGCCUGGAGAAACAGAGUGAGAGUCAGUAUCUACAGGAGCACAAGGAGGACCUGAUUGAGGAGCUGGCCACCACCAUCAUGCAGAAGGUGAUAAAGAGGAAGAAGUCAGGCGGGGGCCUGACGGACUCGGAGUCGGAACCGGCACGUUGCCAACGCAGGUCCUCUGCCAGGGAGCUCCUCCAUCCCUCUCCCGACUGCCAGGCUGAGUCCUCCACCCUGUGGAGGUCUCAGUCAGAGUUGUGCCUGACUCAGGAGGAGUUGGAGAGCAGGGAGGGAGCGGAGGAGGGCAGCCUGUGGCGCUCGGAGUCUGCGUGGAGCCAGGCCGUGGCUCAGCCAUCCCAACACCUGGACAUCCGGCCUUACUCACUGCCCGAGUGGCAGAGCAUGGAGUUGCUGGACAAUGCAGGUCCAUCCACAGCACUGCACAGCCCCGACGGCAACUGGAUGGCGGUGUCUUGCCGCCGGCCGACUCCGGCCCGGCUCCUCACCAAACCCAAGGGCCGGGACUUUGCCGGGCUGGAGCGAGAGGCGGGCGUGCGGUCGGCGUACGAGGAGAUGGGCGGGGACGAGGCUGACUGGGGCUCGGUGAUGGGACCACGGCCAGAGGGGUUGCCGGACCCGACCCCGAGCCAGCUGGCCGGACCGACGCCGGAGCCCAGCACGACCUGUCCCCUCGCCUCCCCCCACCUCCGCCGGCACCACGCCGUCGUGCCCGAGACCUCCUCCGGGGGCUUGGUCCGCAUCUCCGUGACGGGACCAGAGGACCGGGGGCUGGUGGUUGGCGAUGGGGACUACGACCUCAACUUCAACACCCGCGAGCCGUCACCGGCGGACAGCAGCGACGACCAGGAGCUCCCCGACAGAGCCGAGAGGAGGCAACGGCGUCGCAAACGUAGCAAGAGCUCUUCGCCUGAGCAAACGCACAAGGGCAACGGGGCAUCAACAAGACAGACGGCCACACCGAAAAACACAUGCCAGGAGCUGAGCAGGUGCAUGUUGGUGAUGGAACGCAGCCUGGCCAGGCUGGAGCGGAGGAUCAGCCUGGGGUCCUGGAGCCAAGAGGAGUCGCCAGCCCCCAGGGACAAGGACAAGAUGGCCGAGGAUGAACCGGGAGAGGAUGUGGAGAGGAAAGUCUCGCUGACAAAGACUGAGGUGGACCAAGUGGAGAAGGUGCUGAAGUCACGGAUGGUUCAACUGAUCACCAAGCUGAGCGACAAAGAGUCAUCGUCUGGGGACGACCUGGACCUGGAGUCGACGGAAGCAGCUCAGGAAACUUCCUCUUGCGAUGAAGACCGAAAGCACAUUCAGGACGAACUUGUCAGAAAGUACUCGGCCAUCUCUCUAUGCAGCAUCACGACGGAGGCACUGAAGGUGCUGGGGGCCACGGAGGAGCUGAUCGAGGGGGCGUCGCAGGAAGGCCACUCACCCACGGACCCUACCGGUGGUAAAGGCCCGACAGAGAAGGAGGCCCAGAGACUCCAGGCCCACCUCUCCAAGCUGGAGGAGAACGUGUACAUAACGGCGGGCACGGUGUACGGACUGGAGGGGCAGCUGAACGAUCUGGAGGAGUGUGCGCGGAGCAUUCACAGCCUGUCCACCGAGACCAAGCUGUCGGAUCUGGAGGACCAGGUGGCCACCGCUGCGGCACAGGUUCACCAGGCUGAGCUGCAGGUGUCGGACAUUGAGCGCAGGAUUUCGGCGCUGAACGUGGCGGGGCUGAACGUGGUUGCCUGUGAGAGACUACUGAAGAAACGCAGCCUGCCCGAUGUGAAGGCCGAGACCAUUGAUACCUCAAGGCAACAGAGGAGGAAGCUGCCUGCCCCGCCAAGCCAAGGUACCAGCCCAAGCUCACUGCCAGGUAUAGCCACAGUGACAGCAUCUGCACUUGCUGCCUGCAUCACCCGCCAACCGCCCUUCAGUAUAGUUUAG